GUCGUUUGUCGAAAUCRUUUUUUUUUCGCAACAGGUCUUGAGGAAGGACAAAGAUGCCGGACUCCGAUGGAAUCGAGCGGGGCCCWGGUGCUACACCYRAGGACUUCGUCAAGGCUUUGGAAAAGAGAGAGAUGGCACGRCUUCAGGUGCCCAAGGUUAACAUCUUCCACUUCAAUGAGGAUAGGGUGUCCGAGUGGCUUGAGCUGUUGGAACAGGUCACUUGCGAGGCAUCAGAGGCAGACAAAUUCAAGYUGAUGCCUMGGUACGUAUGGUGGGAGCUUAGACCUGAGGUAAUGAAAGUAGCGGCAGGCGCAAAUGGUGAGUGGGCAAGGUUUAAAGGGGAGAUGCAGAGGCGUUUCAAGUUAGGGGACGACCUGCUCACAAAAGAAGACCUGGAAAUGUUGAGACGGGACGAGUUCUCCACGGUAGGAGCCUUUGCCACAGCAUUUGAGAAGAUGGCAAAGAAAGUGGAAAGGAGAAUUACGAUUGGUGUACCUUAUCGAUUCAGGCCCAGGGGCACAAGGCGGGUCUGGAAACCUGCCGGAGUGACUGUCACGACGCCAACUCCUAGGUCUGGGAUGACCUUCAGGCCGCCGUCAAGAGCCGGAAGGGCAGCUUUGGCGGCACGCACUAGAUCGAAGGGAGCGCCCAACUCAAGCCAGCCCACUCAGGACAGCCCGGGACCCAGUGGCGAGAAAGAGACGGUAGAGAUUCCAGAGGAUGAGGAGAACGAGGAUGAAAAGUUGAGGAAGGAAGAGGACAAGAAGGCUGAAGAGAGAGCCCAAAAGAGGGGCGCCAAAGCGAGCGCUGAUAAAAAGCAGGAGGGAAAGAAGAGAAAGUAUAAGGUCAGAAUGGAGGAGGGGUUYGACGUGGAAGGAAURGUCGAUCGACUCCUUGAAGGCCAUAACRACCUAAUGAACUUAAAAGAAAUCCUCRCCUCCGCUCCAAAAUUGAGGGACGAGCUGAAGGCUCGAUUGUCCAGAAGAUUAGUAGCAAGUGUGCGCUUAAGGACCAUUAUCCCCAAGGAAGGCGAGUGGGCUGAAACAGGCACAAAGAUGGACUGGAAGUCCRUGGCGUGCGGGUGCAUAGAAGUGAUGGUAAAGGGUAAGCCGUGCACCGCAAUGAUAGACACGGGGGCGAAAAKGAACCUCAUCAAAGAGGAACAUGCGAUUCGUCUGGGGAUGGAGAUCGAUCGCUCCGACAAUGGGGUCCUCAUGGGGGCAAAUAGCAGGUCUGUAUUUAUAGGGACCGCGUCAAGCGUGGUUGUCGAGAUCGGCAGGGUAAAACGGUCUUCCAUUAGACCUACGGAGCCGCUUCACCCAAGGUACAUACGCGAGGUUGGCGCGGUCAUACAUUUGAACUUACUGGCAAUGCCGCUGGGAGUAGGAGGAUAUAACUUCAUCUUCGAUGCACGAGACAACCUCUCCGGUUUUGUAGAUGGCAGAGUCAUACGCACAAAAAUUGGUGAGACCUUGGUUCGAUGCAUUAAGGAGUAUUACGUUCGCUAUCCUUUUGUCUCCAGAUUCGUAAUGGACAGAGGGUUCGAAUUCACUUGUGCUGAGGUGAAAAAACUGCUUAGAGGGUAUGGAGUGAUCGCAGAGUAUACUACUGCGGCGCACCCUCAAGCUAAUGCACCUGUGGAGAGGGGUCAUAGUACGAUUACGAAUCUCCUCGCUAAGUGGACGAAUGGUAGGCCAAAUCAGUGGCCUAACUUCCUAAGGGUCGCCUUCUUCGUGGAUAACAUCACUGUCAGAAGAAGCACCAACUACGCGCCAGCAACGUUGUGGUAUGGCAGGCAUGCGACGUUCCCUAUCGAAAGUUUCCUGAAGACUUGGAGGCGGCAGGAUCUCGAGACAAACUUGUCAUUUGAGGAACUGCUAGACUUAAGGGCUCGUCAGAUUAAUGCCAUAGAGGACAAAAUUGAAAGUGCGGCGAGUAAGGUGGCUGAAAGUCGACAGAGGGAUAAGUUCAGGUGGGAUAAGAUGGCAAGGGUAAGAAAGGAGCCUCUCAAGGUGGGCGACAUUGUGCUGUUGUACGAUUCAUCCCUAGAGAAGCAGUGGUCGCGAAAGUUGGACAAGAGGUGGUUAGGACCAUACAGGGUCGCGAGGAGUGGAGAGCAUGGGGCAUACCAGAUUGAAGAGUUGAAUGAGACUGUCUGGAGAGAUUGGGUGUCAGGCUCGAGGUUGAAGAAGUUUGUCGCUCGAGACGAGGUGAGCAUGGGUCCCACAGUUUAGAAUCCCAAUUACUAGAUAGAGAUAUAUAUAUGAGGAAAUUGUGUAUGUUUCUCAGUAAAAUGGUGUGAUAGAG